AUGCGGAGCAGUAAUAACUUUGCGUUCCCGGCAUUCCACAGCAGCGCGGCGCUCAUCUGCGGCGGGCCGGCGCUCCCCUGGGGUGGAAUGGCGACCCGGCCAGGACCAGCCCUCGCGCCGCGUGGGAGUGCCAUUAAUACCCCUAAUGCCGCCAUUAAACGUCUGCGGCAGCCGCAGCGGGCGAUCCCGCCGGGCGCACUGUUCGUUCGGCACCGCUGGGAGCAGGGGCGCAUUCUUCGCCAGCUUGGCAGCGUAUUACUUUUAAUUUAUGGUCCCUCCGGCACUGUCAAGCAACACCGGAACCAGAUCCGUUUGUACCGUCCUCGAUUUUCAGCCGCUGGUUCUUUUCCGGCGGAAUUGGAUGCUUCGCGGCUUCCGCUGCCUCAGCCCACGGCUCUACCGACAACGUCUCUACCGCUCGCGGUCCUGCAGCCGCCGCCGCUGCCGGUCCGGUGUCCUGCACCGGGCUGGCGCCUCCCACCACCACCACGUCCCCACCUCCAGCCGCCACCGUCUCCGUCGUCGUGUUCCUCCGCGGUGCCGGAACUGAUGGACGCUGAGGCUGCCAUCACGUUGCCGCCAUCACCGUCACCCAUGCAGGUUGUUGCUCCGCCUCCUCAUCCGAGCAUACCCAGUGACGGUGAGCGGCCUGGGCAGGUUUUCCACAGGGCGUUUUCCUCGCUCCCUCGCGAGCAAUUCGCGAUCGCGGGUGGGCUGCACGCCAGGCAGUUCCGCUGUCCACCGCCUCAGUUGCGUCGCCCCUGGGUCCUCCGCCCGCCGUCGGAAGCCUUACUUAACGACGGCGCGCCGCUUCAGGGUGGAGGGAUGUGGUAUCCAUAG